GUUUGAAGCGUAGAUUGUUGAAAGAUGACAUUCUGUAUAUCAAGUAUACAAAUGGUAUUGAAAGGCUUCCGACUAUGAAAGGGAUUCUAUUCAUAGUUUCUUCUCUGUUCGAUCCUUUGGGUUUAAUUGCUCCGGUCUGUCUUCCUGCCAAGGUCCUCUUGCAAAAAUUAUGUAAGUCCCAAAUAGGCUGGGAUCAGCCUCUCAACGAGCCAUACAAGUCCGCGUGGCCAAAUUGGGUAAAAUUUAUGCGUCAAACAGGUCCCAGAUUUGCAGGACUUCAAAGAUUCGUCGCUCGAGAUGUUGUUCAGAAAGCUCUUGUGGAAUUAGGCGUGUAUAGAGGUGAGAAAGAUAAUCCUGUGGUUGUACCGAUGUGUUCUCGAAGCAAAGAUAUUGUUGAACCAUUGUUGAAACCUCGAUGGUACCUACGUUGUAAGGACAUGGCUAAUGCGGCAAUGAAGGAGGUAUCUGAAGGCCGCUCACGUAUUAUUCAUAGUUUCCAUAUUCGUACAUGGAAUAAUUAACUUAAAGAUUGUCAGGAUUGGUGUAUUUCUCGACAAUUAUGGUGAGGACAUCAUAUUCCUGCUUUUCAUGUUUCGAU